CGCCUUUUGUGCUCGGUCGGGACAACAUCGCUUCGAAAAUAUAAAGUAAUCAUUACUUCGAUUUGUCGGUUUGUUGUGUUUAUAUCUCCUGUAGUGCUACAUCUAGUGAACUUUGAUUCUCUUCUGCCCAUUUUAUCUCUUUUGAAGAUAAAGCUUUGGAAUAUUUUUUUUUUUUUAAAUUUUGCAAGCAGCGACUGCCAGACAUUUGAUAUUUUGUCGUUAUCAAAUUGUGUUAUUAAAGUAGGAAACGUUGGGUGUCAAAUGUGGAUUCGACACGGAAUAAAGGAUAUAUUUUACCAACGGUAUUAACGCAACGAGCUUAAGAUAAAAAAACAAAAUUGAAACUACGCCUGAAAAGUCAUAAUGUGGCUUGUAUGAACGCUUAUAAAACGGCCUUAUAAAUUGUACUUUGUUUGCUAUAACAAGUGAAUUGGGUAGAGAAGAAACUGACUUAUUUGCAUGUGACAGCAUCUACUACCGUGCAACGUUCAGUAUAGUAAGUUAGUGCAGCUGUGCAAUCUAUUUCACCGCUGCAAUCUAAAUGAAAAUGUCUGACUUUGAACGAAUACGACUGGUGAUUCUUGGUGGAGCUGGCGUUGGAAAAAGCUGUAUCAUUAAACGUUUCCUCUUCAAAACUUACUCAGACAAGUACAGACCAACGGUGGAGGAUCUGUAUAACCGGGAAUACGAUCUGGGCGCUGUAACGCUAAAGGUUGAUAUACUCGACACAUCUGGGGAGAUGCAAUUUCCUGCAAUGAGGAGACUAUCGAUUGCCACCGCUCAUGCCUUUUUGUUAGUAUUUGCAACCACGUCGGAAAUAAGUUUGGGCUGUGUAAAGCAAUGCUUCGAAGAAAUUCGGGAGCAACGAGCUGAUUUUCAAGACAUCCCUAUGGUGAUUGUUGGAAACAAAAGUGAUCUCAGCAGUACACAUCGAGAGGUUCGCAUCGAGGAUGUUUCUGAAUGGGUGUUCUGUGAGCUGCCCAAACUGAGAGUGAAAGUAAUGGAAUGUUCAGCCAAAGAAGACGUGAACAUUAUCGAUAUAUUCAAAACAUUCGUCUCACUAUCCCGUAUAAUUCCGGCAAACGGAAAUAGCGACUCAACGUCGGGACUGAAAAGGCGUUCAUCUGCUUAUGUUAGUGCUAGUAGUAAAGCAAAAUCCAGAAUCGGAAGUCCGUCCAUUGGUUGUGAAAAAAUGAAAGAAACUUCAUAUCUCACCGCUGGGUGUAGCGAAGCUUCGACCAGUGAUUCAAAGUCCAAACCAAGAUCUAGGUCCCUGAUCCGAAGAUCAUCCAGGAAAACCAAACAACAAAUACAGAACGCGUCCGGAACGGAAGACUGUAAUAUACAGUAAAUUACCUGUUUGAUAUCACAUCAAUCACAUUUUCCGUGCACUGCGAACCAUAACAGCAUUAAUAUAAGUUGUACCUCUUAUUUAUUAUACAUUGUGUUUUAUGACCACAACCAGUAUUUUAUAAAGAUUAUUGUGAAUGAUUCAAUAAUCGAUGCGAAGUGAAUUGUGAUCCGUAAUAAAUUAUAUUAAUUAAAAUCAAAGUAUUAAAAUCCUACAAAGGAUUUACCAACCAACUAGCUUACGGUAUCAGAAGAUAGAAUAAAUCAAACUACAUGAUAAGCUGUAAUCACUAAGUAGGGUAGUUUUGUUGGAGAAUAAGGUGGAUCAGUAUAUCUUCCUUCACGAAGGAAACUUCUAAAGCGGUGUCACAUAAACGAAGUAAGCAAUUGGUAACCUACUAGGAAAUGUAAUGUUUUCGUACUCGUUUGCUGUAAUGUGAACAGUGAGACGAUAAAAUGUGACCAGCGUGCGAUGCGAAGAAUUUAUGAAAAAGGAACAAUAUUCUUAGAUAGGAGCUUGUUGAAAUUUAAACUUGUUGAUUAACAAUAACUAAACUGUAGUUGGUGUGCAUGUUGAAUUUAGUAGUCGCAAUCACGUAUGAUUAAAAGACACAUUCUUUCGUGGCUUUACAACGAUUUGACGAAUCUUCAUUCGACAAAUGUGUCAUAACUUUAUGAAAUGAACACUUACAUCAAAGCUUAUUACAGAUUCAGAAAGUAGGCAAAAUUUCACGAAAGAUUCAAUCAACAUUAACUGAAUAUACUGGAAGAGGAUUGUUUUAUGACCGAUAAUGUAACGUGACGUCACAACACGUGACAAAUCAGAACUUUCAACGUAUUCCAAAAAAAGUCAAAUCAUCAAAUUCUAGUAUAUUCAGAUUAUGUUGAUUGAAUCUUUUGUGAAAUUUUGUCUACUUUCCGAUUCUGUAACAAGUUUUGAUUUAGACGUUCAUUUGAUAAAGUUAUAACAUAUUUGUCGAAUGAAGAUUCGUCAAAUCGUUGUAAAGUCACGAAAGAACGUGUCAUAAAAUGCUUUUCAUUUAGUUUAACUCUGCAAUGAUUUAAUGCUUUCGACUCGAUUCUACGAUAUUUUAACUCUACAUCUCCUGAUUGAUCCAUAUCUAUAAUCCAUAAUAAUACAAAAUGCAGAAGAGGACAAUUUACCAUAAUUUGAUUUUUAUUAAAUAUAUGUGGUCCGUUACUAACGCAGCGUGAGGUUGAAAAGUUUUGAGGUUUUAGGAUUACAUCGCUCACUCACUAUGUACAGCGUGGUUGGAUAAAUUAGCCAAACCGGGUUUUGACACUCCGUGUACACAACAUUCUGUCGUAUACAGGAUGGAACAGCGCCGGGAUCCGUUCCUGCCACACACUUUAUUAUUAUGUGAAUUCCAUGAAAUGAUUCUCACCUAACGUAUGGAGGCUGGUAAAAAUUAAAAAUGGCUUGCAAAUAAGCCUCGGCCGUGUUGAGGCCUGGACACGACACGGGUGUAGUGGGAAUAGCGCUUUAGUUAUUCUAUUUGAAUCCUUUGUAAUUUUUCGUGUGACUAUGUUUAACACAUUCUAUGUGUUAUAUUUACGACCCAAUCUACUUUUAAAAUUAUUUCUAGAAUCCUUUCCCGAAAAAUACAUAUUUUCAAAUCAAAGUGAUAUUUCUUUUAGGAGCUUUUGUAGUUCAUAAAAUUACAAAAUAUUAAUUUCUGGUAACUCGUAAACUAUUUAAACCAUGGACAAACUUUCCAAAUCAUAAACAUCUUUCUAUCGAACAUGUCAAUGUCCACAUAUCGUGCAAAGUAAACGAACAUUCUUCUUUCGGAGAACAUGAAACAAAAGUUUUAGCAUUGAUUGAAAUAAUAUUAUAGAGAAUUAUUUCAAUCGACUAAACAAGAUACUUUAUUCAUUUUAUUAUAUUCUUUUGUAACAAUGUACAAUAAAUGACAUAAUAGAGUAUUAUAAAAAAGGUGCUGUAAGCCUCUAAACAGUAACGUUUCUGUUCACUCGGUAUGUUUUUUUGUGUAACUCGAUUGAAGUCACUCAAAGUUACAGCAAAAAUGUGGCUGCCAGAAACAAAGAAGUAUUCAUCAUUUCAUGCAGUGCUGUGCAUUCCUCUGUGUGGCAUUCUAAUAAUGCACAGACUUUAGUUUGGCUUAGCAAUAUGCACAAUGCUAUAUAUCUAUGCUCCCUGAGAGAGAAUAAUUUAGGUAAAUAAUACCUAGUGGUAACCUUUCUUUAGAAGAUACUCUAAGAUCUAAGUCUUCCACGGUCGCGCAUUAAUCCAGUGGAGUACGAUUUCUGGAUUGCUACAAGCAAACCAUUCCACUUCUAAGUGUGAAACGAUCCCACCACCUUCGUCAUUAAUGUUGAACGGAGAAUUGUACAAAAAUCGAAACGAAAGAACCUUUUUUUCCACACCUUGUUCUAGAUCUUCAUAACAACCAAUAAGCAGUGCUGUAACAAGAUUCUACAUAAGGUGAUUGAUUUUCAUGUAGAUCUAACACAAAGUAUAGGUAGAGAAAAACUGCUUUUUUCGUUUUCAAUAUUCGUGAUAUUCGCCUAAAAUUUGCUUUAUUUUCAGCAAAAACAUACGUUUUAAUUUACAACGACACACUUUAGCUUACUCCCCCAUACACCAGAAAAUGUCGCAUUUUGUCAUACAAUGACCACUAUCACGACCACUACCGCUAAAAAAUACAUAAUUUAUGAACAAAUCCAUUAUUUGUCUGCGGAUGUAAAUCAUUAUUGUCCUAAGUAACCUAUUGUGAUUGAAUCUUUGGCUCAAAAUCUCAUCGAAAUCGCCAGAUAAACAUUUUAAAUAUAGUGACUUUGUCGAAUUAUAUUCAAACCAAACAACAUGUAAGCAUUAAAUGAUUGCAAGUUGAAGAAUUAUUUUAAUGUUUGAUACGUGAUUAGGUCAACUCCUUGUUCCAAUUUUUGUUCAACAAAUUUCGGGGUUAUAUAUGUUGAGGUGCGGGGAAAUAGGGAAAGGUUUGAAUUUUUGAAAAGGUUGUAUUGAAAACUUUGUCGGCAAUCCCAGUCACCGCAACGACGUUUUUUUUUGGAAAGAAAAUAUGAUUUCGGGAUAUUCGCGUUUAAAAUUUCAAAUAUAUGCCACGUGUCGUAAGGGAGCCAGAUGAAAAACGCUGUAUCCUUGGUUUUAUUGUUUGGAUCUCUAUAAAUAGUUCGAUAACAUUCUUCUGAAUUUAUAGUUUAAGGUAGAAGAAUACUUGAAAACCUUCGAUUUUUUGACCGACCUCAACAUAUAUAAUCCCUUUAUUCAGCACAAACAAUGUAGUUCCUCUUGUCUACGCUAUAGCCUCUGUAAAUGUGACCUAUAAAAAGUGCCCGUUUUUACUUGCACAACUGUUCAACGACGUUACCAAACAAUGAUAUCCCUCCAUCACACACAUAGACUCACUGAGAAAUACUUGGCAAUUAGUGCCGUAUCUAGUGUAUGCCAGAAUUAUGUGAAGAUAGAAUGUUAGUCAGAUUCGUAUAAAAGCACAGUUCUUUAGAUCUUCAGCGUUAAACAAUUUUUGAACUGUAUUAUCGAGUUGAAACAAUCAUAUUUAACUCUCUUGUAUCACACCCAUUGUAAUUUUUUUUUAAAUGUUGGAAGUUUAGAAUUUUUAUGCAACAUUUAGUUGACUGAAGCUCUCCUUAACACACCAAUAUAUAGGCUGACGGCAGGACUCUAGAGUCAGGAAAAACUCGUGUAUUGAUUUGGGUCAUACCUUAUUAACUUGAGGCGCUUGGACACAUUACAAACUAAUUUUAUUUAACGAUAUAGCUUAAAUGGCCUGAGUAGCGGUACAUGAACGAAGUAGGAUUCAAAUCAUUUUGUUUCUCUCUCUCUCUCUCUCUCUCUCUCUCUCUAUGAAGGACUUAGACCAAGAACCGCCACCGAUACAGCAUUGACUGGUGGAUCAAUGCCCGGCAAAUACAAUAAGCGACAUAUAUUUGGUCACAUCUUCAUACACGUCACUCUUGUUUUGAAAUUUUAAGAGCACAUACUGCUGUUCUACGCAUAAUUGUCCCAUGUAUACAGGAAAUCCCAUAGAACAUGGGACAAUUAAGCUUAUAACGGCAGCAUACUCCUAUGGCAAUUUGGCAGUAUUAGCUGUUUUUCGUUUUCCGUUUUGUAUACAUCUACAGUUCCUAUUCUCUUGUAACAGUUUUCUCCAUUUUUAGCCUUAGAAAAUGAUGAAGCUUUUUUCACAUUCUGUCUACAAACUUCUUCAUAUCUACCUCCGUCGUCCCGGCUAGCAAUUGUCCACAUAUAUCAUGCCACCUUCUGAUUUAGCAUACAAGCUUUAUGAGGGCAUUGUACAGCUUCGCAUCGAAGAGACCUUUUAUGUUACAUAUCUUUUAGUCUACGAACUAUGGAACGCUGCGGUUGCCGCCAAAGAAUCUCUUCUUUAAGAAUUUAGUUGAUACACCGUGGUUUUAACGUCAAGAGAUAAAGAGUUGGUCAUUUUGUCAGAUAGCCAGGCCGGGUUAUGAGUUUUGGAAUCGAGUUGAUUAACAAAGGAGAAACAUUAUGUUUCGCAUGUCCAGAGCCAUGCUUGGAUUUGGACCUAUAAAUUUUAAGGAAAACCUCGAUGAGUGGAAGCAAAUGAUGAAAACUGGCGUCCAUGUCGUGAACUUCUAUGUUGAUUGAUGGCUGUUGCUAUCCGGAUGCAUCGCGUGGUGUCAGAUGUCACAACGCGGUGUAUUAUUGAAAUGUUGAAUCCGCAGUUUAACAUGGAUCUCUGUUCCAUGAUUCUCUAUGUUAGAGGUGCAGUUUAUUGUACAAAAGAAAUUUGUGUGAAAGUAUUGAUCAGAUAAAAAAUGUCAUGUUAUUGGCGAAGCAUCACCAUCUACUUUUUUAUUCCCUGUGGUGGUCUACCUUGAAAAAUCUUAUGAAGUACCAACUCCAGCCAAUUCAAAUCGAAGCUCGUCUCGUUACACCAGCGCUUCUCGAGACGCUAGCUUAGGUGUUGAUUCAACAUGGACCAUUGCAAGAGUGUACAUCGAUUAAGCUAUCGACACGUGGUCCAAGUUCCAUGGGAAAUGUGCAUGCAGCGCUGUAACAUAUUCCUUCACACCCAUUUGUAAAAAUUAUCAACGUCAUGCUGCAACUCACGGCAAUCCUUAAAACAAGGAAUGUUAUUUUUCCUUAUGACAAAAAAAUUCAAGUCAUCGACGAAGAACAGUUUUUCCCCACAAAUUAAAACGAAAACCACAUCGUUAACGAGAAUUUUCUACAGUGAGAACCAACUAUUCAGAAAUAGUGGAAAAGCUGGAAAAGUAGUUGGAUCAUUUUGCCUUCGGUUUUAUUGUAGGAGUUUGUUGAAUGUGGUUCAUAUAUUCUUUGUACAACAGCUUAUUGUAACAGCGGUACUCAGAGGACAUCAUACAUGCAACGCACGUAGAGCUUUGGCACCAGUUCAUUUUAGAUUCCGCAUAGCUUUAGACCAGGGAGGUUUCCUAGGAGGUUGACAUUUCGCCAAGGAUGUUUCAACACAUCACAACAGUAAUAGGUGGAGAGGACAACGGGUUAGGGUAAUCAUAUUCCUGCAUAGAAGUCUACAUAAGUCCUAAUUGGUAGAAAUAACCAAGGACUACCAUUGCAUCAUUGACUUCUAGAUUGUCUAGAUUGAGCUGCGUAACAUUGUAGUUAAGUUGUUUUCCGGUAGGAAUGUAAGUAGCUCCAGCUACACAACAAAUGGUAAAUACGGAAGAAGAACAAUGUAAACUCCUGCGUCACGACUAUAGAAUCUGUCGUUAUCGCUACGACCGGCACAAUAUCAUCCUUGAAGAGCUGCGUCGAUGUAAUACGAUCUUCAAGCUGCAAUGUUUCUGCCAGAAUGUAUAUGUCGCAGUCGUUGCAACGCGUCCUCGAUUUUCGUCUUUAGUCCUCAGAAUUUCCGUAGUACGAUCUCCACAACAGGCGUUCUGGUGAUGGGAGCGCAGUCUAAAAAUGAUUAUUUUCGAGGUAUUUUGAGCUACAUGAAUAAUGGCGGAGGCAAAUAAAUUGUCUGAAACAUUCACAUUUCUUAAAUCGACAACGCUGAGGAAAACUUUCGUAGAAAUUGUAGGGUUCUUUCACGUAAUUUUUUUUAGUUUCUUCUCCAGCCAGUCAGCACGAUGAACUGUGAUAUCGCAGUUAACGCUGAGACGACAUGCGCUAUGCGAGAAAAACAACGGGGCAUUGAAUCGUUUCAUUAAAUACCAUCAAAUCGUUCAAUGUAGCAAUGAGCGUUUCAGAAAUUUCAUCGGAAUCAAGGCCAGCUUAUAGAAACGUAUUUUUUUGUCGAUCACAAAGCAUUCAAAGACGUUUUGGAAUCUAUUGUGUUAUAAGUUAUCGCAUACGGUAUAAUCAUGCGAUUAUUGACGAUUAACAUACAUACGUCUUGAUGAUACAAUCCUAUGAACAGAUACGUGGCUUAUGGAUCUUCGUAGCUUUCAAACCAAACAUUAAUUUGUAUUGUAAUAUAUUAACUUUUUAACUAGACCUCUAACAAAAAUUUCAAAAUUUGCACUUUUCCUAAUUAUUUGGUCUACAAUUUUUAACCAAAUCUUUGAAGUUAUUGGCACUCCCUUUCGUUUUCAGAUUUAUUAGGUCUUCAUUAUUUAUUACAAGAAAAAUAACAUGCCUGAAAAAAAGAACUAUUCAUAGUGUCGGACAAAACAAUAAGAUCACUAUAUUUAAGAUGGAAAAAUAGUCAUUUUCUAUAUUUUCUUUCUUUGAAUAUCGAGUUAUUUUUACGCAAAACAUUUCAUUUAAUAUUGAGUUCUACAAGAUGACGACACGAAUGAACUCAUGGUGAAUGACGUUCAUGUUUGGCAAUUCUCGGUGGUUUGUUUACUUCGUCAGUUGCAAGAGUGCGAGUGCAACGGGUGCUCAUCUGUUACAUUCGCACUCACGUAACUCCCGUGUAAACAAACCGCCGAGAACUGUCAAACGAAGUUCAUCCGGCUCAUUUUGUGGGGUUGUAUCGGUUGGUGCAAAAACCUAAUUGCGUUUAUUAAUAAAAUGAGAAUAGAACAUAUCCACCGCCUUUGUUAAGAAAUUAAAAGAAAGUAUAUUUGAGCUUCGAAAAAUUGGUGGCAAAACAACAUGACCACUUUAAAACGCCUUUGUAAAAAUGAAUAAAUGAGUUAAUGAUCUAGUCUCAUGAUUCUAUCAUUAGUAUCUGUUAGUAUAACUAAUAUUUGUUUUUAAGUAGAAGGAUCAGCUCUACAGCCACAUUGCGAUAUGUAGUAGUUGGGGUGCCAGAGCAAGCGUCUUGGAUAUCUCUCCACUAUUCUUCAUUAUUUGAGGUGUUUUAGGGACAAUUGCACCAACUCCGAACCAAGAAAACAACCCUCAACCAAAAAAUUCUCUCUUCCGUGCUUAAAUGUACUGUGACUAACAUUGUGAAUUCUCUGAACUUAGAAUUAAUUUCCCAAUUUUUUUUAAUUUUUGAAUAGAGAUGUUUUAAUCUUAGGGUCAUUCGGCUCUUUAUCGGGUUAGAGAAAUCUCUUUAGAAAAAUUUCUAACCCUAUGUGCGGGGUAGGGAAUUGAACCCAGGUGAGCUGCAUACCAGGCAAUCGAUUUACCAACUACGCUAUCUCCACCCCCCUCGAACUAAUCGUUUGCCCUCAGAUCCAACCAUUUAACACCAUUAUUAAUUGUUCCAACUGAUCAGAAGAUGUCUUGCCAUCUUCGGAACCAACCCAUUUUAUUUGCUCUUUGGCGAACUACUGUCGAGUCUCCACUCUCCAGAGGAGGAGUUCUGCAUGACACAGAUUAUUUCAGAUCAACCGUGAUCUUCGAUACUGGUUUCAAUGUAUACAUAGUGGAAAGUUGUUUGAUAGAAGUAUCAUCAACAGCGAUAGUUUUUCUGCGCGUUCUGUUGCUAUACGUGGUUUUGCAUCAUGACCAUCAUGACCAUCAUCGCCAUUUUUGAUAUUUCUCCUAAGUUUAACAUAACAACAAAUAACAAAGGUGGACCUAUUUUGUGCAGCGUGGUCUUUUGACAUUCCUUGAACGUGUCUGAUCAAUUUGCAUCACUUAACUUUUCACGCCACAAAGUUGGUAACGCUCACUAUCACAUAAUUACUAGUAUCCACCGCUUGAUGACAUCACCUUAAUCAUAACGUCGAGGAUAGUGGCGCAAAAAGAAAUGUCAACGCCUCAGUGAUCUUAUUGUUUCGUUCGUAACUAUACAUCUAUUGUGAGAUUUUUUAUAAAGUACAAUUUCCUACGCAUAAAAUACUAAUAUUAGUCCAAAAUCUUACACUACAAGCAAAAUACUAUUAUCCUAUAAUUGGAAUAACAUAUGCUGUUACAGGUUUUGUUGUUUGAUACUCUAUGCUUUUAGUACAACUAAAUAAAGCUUUCAUAAAAAUUAAGGCGGUCUUGUAAGAGCUUAAUCAGAAUUUCAAACACACUUUUUGGGUACAGGAUAGUCACAACCAUUCACAAUACAAGUCCCAUUUAAACUAAUAUACCCAAUUGAAUUCUUAGCUCUAACUUUUUUUUUAAUUUUAAGGAUAUAUUACUAUCUGACCAACCAAACCAUGAAGUAUUUGAAAAGACUAUACAAAUAAUAUCAUAUUGCUCUAAUUAUUACACCGUAAUGUAAAUUAGCUCAGAAUUCCCUUUUGAUAGCUCCCAGUGACGUAAUUCACGCUCACUAAGUGUACAAGUACGAAAGUUUGUUAAUAUUUGGAUGGUUAUACAACAAAACAUCAUAUUGAAAAUAAUGAUGAUCUGUAUGAUUAGAUCGUUAUCAUGAAUAGCUUGCAUUUGGAUUAUUCCUAAGAAUUGUUGGAAUGCUAAAAAAUAAAUGAUAAAAAAUAUAGAA